AUGUACCCAUCACCUUCUAUUUUCAUAUUCCUUCUCACUUUCCUCGUUUUACAAGGUAUAUUUCGAAGUCUCAUUAAAAAUACAAAUUUUAAGAACAUUCUCUGCGUGUAUCUGUAAUUUAUCGAACAUUUAUUUACUGCUAUGGGAUAGUCUUUUUUCUGAAAACCAAUUCUUCACAACUAAACAACGAUUUCCGAGGGGAAAAGUCUGAAAAAUCGAUAUUCUUAUAGCAUCUUGCGGCCUGAACAAUGGAGUUUCGUCGAAAAGGAAGGAACGGGCGAUCGACGACAACAUUCCGAUUAUUGAGAUCCGCGGAGAGGGGGCUCCGAUGAGCUCCGCCCAAAUUAGGCAUCUGGAGGAAAUGGACAAUGGCGGACCGCUCGACAUCAAGGUAAAAAUCAGAAUUUCCUCCAAAAUCGUUCCUUUUCGCAAUACUGAGCUCGCAAAAUACUUUUUCCGGUUUGAACAAGCAAAUUUCAAUGAAAAAAAAAGGCAAUUUUCCGAUUGCGGCACACGUGAUUCUAUAUCAUAGGCCUGCGUUCACGAUAGACUCAUCGCGAAUCACCUGUUGUUCGGUUUUGUUCGGUCCGUCUUUCUUUCUGCUGCGCUCAGCAAACAUACAAAAAAACAGACAGAAACACGCCACGGCGACCAAAAACGUAGAAAGGGGCGUGGCCUAGCGUGCACGAUUUAUCACCAUUUUGGCACGAAACGUCGAAUCGUCGAACCCCUAUCGUUAAUUCACAAUCCUUCAAAAAAUGUCUAAAAAAAGUUGAAACUGCAAAAAAGUGCGUUUUUUUAGAUCGAAAAAACGUUUGUGCCUGCAAAAUGUCCUGAACUUUCGAAGCGUCUCGAUUUCAUCACUUUCCACUAUAAGGUAAGGUUUUGAAAAUAUUUUUCUGUAUUUCUAAAUACGCAUUUUGUCAGGUAUUCACUGAGGACAACAAGAAAGUGUACCAAACUUACGGGACCGGUCCGGUGACCAUCCAACUUGGCACCGGAAUGAUUAUGCCCGGAUUGGACAAGGUAAAAAGAAACAUUUCGAUACGUUUUUUCAAUGAUUUCAAACACUUCCCAAAACAGGAACCAGAUUUUCUCCGUUUCGCUACAAUUAACCUACUUUUUGCGCGUACUUGUUUUUCUUUCGUACGCAAAACACAAAUGAUUGAUUGGGUUAUAGCGAAGGAGACGAGAAAAGCGCCAGCAACUGCUUGCGCACUUUUAGUAGCCCUAACUACCGUAAUCCGUGUUGCAGGGACUCAAAGGCAUGUGUGCUGAGGAGCUGAGAAAAGUGAGAGUGCCGUAUCGAUUGAGCCGAAAGAGCAAGAGCAAAGGUUGGCAAAUUUUGUAAAUUUUAUGAAAAACCUGUAAUUUUUGCCAAACACCAUCUUUUUCAGUGUGGAAAAACAUUCCGAACGACGAAAAUUGGCUGAUUUUCAACAUUGAAAUGGUCCGAAUCGAGCCGUAUUCGCCGCAAAAACAGUUCAAAUUUCUGGAUUUGAACGGCGACGGACAACUGGAAACGGCCGAAGUGCAGGAAUUCCAGAGGAAAAUGAAGAAAGAGUACGGGAAGACGUGGAAGAAUGAAGACGUGGACAAUGCGACCGCAGCCGCCUAUUAUGUCAGGUUAGACGGGGCUUUUCAAUUUUAUUCUUGAAACUGAAAAUUGGUUUUUUUUCAAAAACUUCUGUUCCAACAAUUAGGCUGGCAGCAUAGGCGAAACAAUCGAUAAAGCGAGGCGCCGUAAACAGUGUGCCUUGCCGACAAUUUCUUAGCGAGAAAAUGCGGCUCCCCUCGUUUUCGCACAUUGAAAAACUGAAAACUUGCAGAUAUUUCGACGUGAACGGAGACGGAAAAGUGGUCGAAAGUGAAUGGCUGAAAGUGAUGGAAAGGGACGGAAAAUCGAUGGAAACGACGAAAUCGAAGGUGAAAGGAAAGAAGAGAGAUCCGGCGAUCGGAUGGAUUCUCGACUUUGACAACGACGGAAUCGUCUCUUAUAAGGUACGUAACACAUUUUCAAGAAAAAGUUCGAAAUUGGCGGCCGGGGGACUAGAAAACUCCAGCUGCCGCCGUGCACUUCUCGUGGACUCUUUUGCUUAUUUGUAAAGCUCCGCAUAUUCGGGAGAAUUCGGAACUUCCCGUUUCAAAAAUAGCACUUCUUUUCAGGAAAACGACGAAGCGGCGGAUCGAUUCGAAGCGGGACCGACUCUUUUGCCGACCGAAUCCAAAGAUGAACUUUGA